GGAAUUUCACUCUUGUUGCCCAAGUUGGAGUGCAACGGCACAAUCUCAGCUCACCGCAACCUCUGCCUCCCAGGUUCAAGGGAUUUUCUUGCCUCAGCCUCCUGAGUAGCUGGGAUUACAGGCAUAAGCCACCACACCUGGCUAAUUUUGUAUUUUUGUUAGUAGUGGCGGGUUUCUCCAUAUUGGUCAGGCUGGUCUCGAAAUCCCAACCUCAGGUGAUCCACCCGCCUCGGCCUCCCAAAGUGCUGGGAUUACAGGCAUGAGCCUCCGUGCCCAGCCUCUUUUUUUUUUUUUGCUAGUACUUUUGGUGUCAUAUCUAAGAAUCCAUCAAGGAUUCUCAGAAUUGUAAUUCAAGGUCAUAAAGAUUUACACCGACAGUUUCUUUGAAGAGCUUUAGAGUUUUAGCUCCUAAGUUUAGGUCUUUGAUACAUUUUAAUUUUUGAAUAUGGUGUGAAGUUAAGGGUCUAAUUGCAUUUGGAUAUCCAGUUGUCUCCCCAUCUGUUGAAGACAAUGCUUUUCCCAUUGAAUGGUCUUGCACCCUUGCUAAAGAUCAGAUGACCACACAUCAUACCACGGUUUAUUUCUGGAUGUCAAUUUUAUUCCAAAACAAUUGAAAUUAUUAACGCUCACGUGUUUCAGGCAUGAUCCUGAGCACGAAUUCAUUUGCUUCUCAUAAUAACUGUGGAGUACGCACUAUUCUCACUCCCAUUUGACAAAUGAAGUAGCUGAGAUAGAGUGAUUUGCCCAAGGCCAUAUAACUAACUAGUAAGUGGCAGUGCCAGGAUAAUAAUUUUGGUUGACUAACUUGAGAGCCUGAGUCUUAGCCAUGCAUGCUGUAAACAAAAACUAGAGACCAAAACUUCUGAAUUCCACUGAAGAGUUCACUUUAAGCAAACGGGGUGAAGGUCGGAUUAGCCACUAACGGUUUGAAAAGCACAACGGAGGGAUUGCCUCACCAGCUUGCUUUCUAUAGAGUAGCGGCAACGGACCUGCCUGUUUUAGCUGAAACUCUUUCAACCCCCAAAGUUGAUGCACUAACUGUAAAUCGAAUUUGCAGUUAGGAAGCCUCCUGGGGCAGUGCCGAGUGGUGCGAGCAAAGGCCGGGCCCGCUGCCAGAGGCUCGCGCCGCUCGCCGCGCAGAAACUGAGAGUGAGAAGGCGUAGGCGCCCGGGAGGGACGCAUCCGGGAUGUGGAAACUCUCGCGGGAAGAUGCGUCGUUGCCUCGGUAACUGCGUCGCAGUCGCCAAAGAUGGCGGGGCGAAGUCUGGGUCUCACGAGAAGCAGCGUUCCAGGGACUCCGCUCCCGCCACCCGUUCAGCAACCCUCUACACCUGGACCCGAACUCCUCGCCUUGGAGGAAGAAUAUAAGCGUUUAAAUGCAGAAUUGCAGUCAAAAACAGCUGACGUGGUUCGACAAGCUAAGGAAAUAAUAAGAGAUCGGCAAGAAGUACGAUCUAGGCCUGUUUCAACACAAAUGAAAUCAUGUGAUGACGAAGAUGAUUACAGUUUAAGAGGUCUGUUACCAUCUGAAGGGAUAGUUCAUCUUCAUUCAGAAACUAAGCCAAAGACCAAAAACAUUGAUCCUGUAAACAAGGUUCAAAACAAAUUACACUCUGCAAAUAAAGGAAGGAAAACAAAUUCAAGUGUUAAAUUGAAAUACUCUGAUGUCCAAACUGCCGACGAUGUUGCCAUUCCAGAGGAUUUCUCAGACUUUUCCCUUGCAAAAACAAUUAGCAAAAUUGAAGGGCAACUGGAGGAAGAAGGCUUACCUGAAUAUAUAGAUGAUAUUUUUUCUAGUGUUAGUAAUGACAUUGGAACAGAAGCACAGAUCAGAUUUCUAAAGGCCAAACUCCGUGUUAUGCAGGAGGAAUUGGAUAAUGUUGUAUGUGAAUGCAAUAAAAAGGAGGAUGAAAUUCAGAAUUUAAAGUCUCAAGUAAAAAAUUUUGAAGAAGACUUUAUGAGACAGCAGCGAACAAUUAAUAUGCAACAGUCUCAAGUAGAAAAAUACAAGACUCUUUUCGAAGAAGUAAACAAAAAGUGUGAUGGAUUACAGCAACAGUUGUCUUCAGUAGAAAGGGAAUUAGAAAAUAAAAGAAGACUGCAAAAACAGGCUGCAAGUAGUCAAAGUGCCACAGAGGUUCGCUUGAAUAGAGCUCUAGAAGAAGCAGUAAAGUAUAAACUGGAGUUAAGUAAAUUAAGGCAAAAUAACAAGGACACAGCAAAUGAAGAACACAAAAAAAUCGAAGUGUUAAAAUCAGAAAACAAGAAGCUAGAAAAACAAAAAGGAGAAUUAAUGAUAGGGUUCAAGAAACAGUUAAAGUUAAUUGAUGUUUUAAAAAGGCAAAAGAUGCAUAUUGAAGCUGCCAAGAUGCUAUCUUUCACUGAGGAGGAAUUUAUGAAAGCACUUGAAUGGGGAAAUUCAUAAGUGAUCUACUUCAGUUAGUCUCUAUGACAGUAUGUGAUGGAUACCCAUUUUACUUAUUGUAAUUGUUUGAAUUAUUUUUACUCUUCAUAAGUAAUCUAUUUGAUUAUGAAAUCAAAAUAAUUUCAAAGAAUUCCCUUUUUAGAUUUAGGAGAUACAAAACUGAUGCAUUAUUCUGAUAUGUAGCUAUUAGAAAAAAAAUUUUGUAAAAUAAAGCAACAGUUUAACUCUUGA